GACAACCAAUCCCCACUGUAUUGGCGACAGGUGCUAAUCGUCGCACCACCGGACCAACCAAAGGUCAAAAGGUUGACUUCAGUCUGGUCAUUCAUUGCUAAGCAACAAAGAAUCUGAGCGAAGAUACCAGCACGUGCAAACCUCCGCGGCCUGGCCUCACGGUGCGGUCGCUGAACAAAUGGCUGACUGGCGUCGACAGUUCCAAUCGAUAACUGGCACAACGCAGCCCAGAACGGGCCUCACAGUUCACGUCUGCUCCAGCAGCCGACAGUUGCAGGUGAUGGCCACGAAAGCGAGGCUCGUGGGAUGCACAACUAUGGCGGCUAGUCGAUGGCAGUGCAGCAUGAAACAACUUUGGUUUUGUCUCAUUGUCUUUGGGCAGCCAUUGCUUGGCAGCGCCAAGGUUUUCCCGUCGCUCGAACAUGUACAGGUAUGGGGUGACAACUUCAGGCAAGAUCUCCUAUACAAGCUGAACGUUUUCACAGGGCAUGCUGCUCUAGUUCAAUCGUACAACAGUGGUUCAAAGAAUGGGAUUAACUUCCAGCUGGUGAAUGAGACAGCUCUAGUAGAAAACAUGUCUUCUAGUCUCUCUGCCAUGCUUAGUACGAAAAUGGAAGCCCUCUGGGCACUUGUCCAUGCAGCCGAAGAUGCUGCAAAGAAAUAUGUGCCAACAGAGAAGCCAGAAAAAGUUAAUGGGAGCCACUACAAAAAUGCUAAAAGUAUGCCUGACGUGCAACUGGUGUACGACAAGCACUUUAAGCAAGAAGUCAACUUUACCUUCUCCAGUGUGCAUAUUCCAGUGGAGAUAUAUGAUGGAGAUUCUGACAUCCUGAAUGGCUUGAACUGGACGUCACAGCUGGAUGAGCAGUUCAUGAAGAACUUGCAGAACGACAGGACCAUGUUGUGGCAGUAUUUUGGCUCACAGACCGGUUUCAUGCGGACUUAUCCAGCAAGCAGAUGGGAAACUCAUGGAGACGUUGACCUCUUUGAUGUCCGCAGACAAUCCUGGUAUACCCAGGGCUCCAGCUCUCCCAAAGAUAUGUUGAUACUGAUUGACACGAGUGGGAGCACCCAUGGACAGGCUUUGCAGUUGAUGAAAAAUGCAGUGAAGUCCAUUCUUGAUACACUCGGUGAAAAUGAUUUUGUCAACAUUGUUAGGUUUUCUAAUGAUGCAGACUAUGUCAGCGCCUGUUUCAACCAUACACCAUUUGUGCAAGCAAACUACCGCAAUAAAAAGCAACUAGAACGAGAUGUUGAUAAACUUGAAGCACAGAAUCAGGCAGACUACAAGGCAGGUCUUCGGUUUGCCUUCCAAAAGUUUGAAGAGUUCAGUGCUAACCAGAGCAGCAGUGACAAAAACAUUGGAGCCAACUGCAACAAAGUGAUCAUCCUUCUUACAGAUGGUGGCACUGAUAAUGCAGAAGAUGUUUUCAAGGAAUACAACUGGCCUAACAAAAGUGUCCGUGUCUUCACUUAUGCAGUGGGACCAACAGCCACACCAGUUGCUGCAAUCAAAUGGAUGGCUUGUGCUAACAGAGGUUACUUUUCUCAUAUCCCAGCCAUGGGAGCUAUCCGUGCCCGUGUUCAGGAUUUUUUGGAGGUUCUUGGUCGUCCAUUGGCUGUGGCCUUCAUAGAGAAUGUACAAUGGACAAGUACUCACAGAACCCCUCUCAACUCUGAUUCAUCGGAAUACACUCAGUACAUUAAACAAGGCAUGGAACGGCUAGGUGUUCAACCAGUUACAUGGGAGAUCACUUUGCAACCCAGGGGUCUUGGCAUGAUGACAACAGUGACACUUCCAGUCUACAAUAGAACAGAAGGAUCUUCAAACCAGACCAUACUGGGUGUGAUGGGAAUAGAUGUCACAACAUCACAACUAGAAAAAUACACACCUCAUUUGAAGAUUGGACCUAAUGGGUAUUCAUUUGCCAUCAAUCCUAAUGGAUAUGCUGUUUUUCACCCCAAUUUGAAACGAUCACAGGGUCGCUACAUGAAGGAUCCCCCAAAUAUUGAUCUGCUAGAACUAGAAGUUGAGGGAGAUCGUCCAGGACUGCUGGAGCUACGGAAUCAAAUGAUAGAGGGAGACAGAGGAAUAAUCACCAUGAAUGAAACACUUUUUCUGUCACCUGACAAGCAAUAUGUUUCUCAUGCAAGUGCCAACUAUGCUUUCACCAGCAUUACCAACACCACCUUCAGGUUGGGACUUAGUGUUCCUUUGUCUCAUCGGCAGUACCCAGAGUUCAGCAAGACAUUGCCUGAUUUCAAAAACUACACAAAUCAUUCUUCAAAAUCUGCAUUUUUAAUUGCUCCAUGGGACUACCUGGGGGAGAAGACUAUAGACUUUGCACUCAACAACACUCUGGGCAGUCUAAUUGAGAUUCUGCACAGUGGCAGCAUUACAACAGCUGACUUGAGCGCUGACGAUAUCCAGAUGUUACAGCAUCUAGCAUGGGAUGUGGGCAUCGCAGUGGGCUUUGAACUUUAUUUUGCCCUCGUGCAAGAAAACUUGACGUCAGCAGAAAGCAAAAUUCGUGACAUUGCAGAUAUAAAAACAAAAACAGUGAAUCUGCAUCAUGCAGAUGGAUUGAGAGUUAAUUUUAUGGCUACCAAUGGGGGGCUCACAGUGAUCUGUCCAGCAAGUGAAGCAGCGUUGAUGGAAGAUAACCUAGAUGUGAGGAACGCUUCUUAUUACACGCGAGCAGUCUAUGCCCUGGAUGACUACAUACUGAUGGCUGAUCGUUCACUUGGGCUCGUCAGCAAUGACAGUUACAUUACAGUGGUUGCUGCUCGCUCAGUGACUCUGGACAAGCCCAACAACUAUACCGCUGCUGUGGUGGGAGCCAUGCUGGAUGGACGUGUCAUCAAGGACUUUAUGGUCAAUUCAUCAGAGAACUCAUCAAUUUCACGAGUGAAUAAUCUUUUAACUUGUGGUGAUGUGGAUGACAUCUACUGUUACUUGGUGGAUGAUGGAGGAUUUGUUGUUAGUUCUAAUCAAGAGGAACACCUGUCAAAGGAUCAGCUGGGCAAAUUCCUUGGGGAAGUGGAUCCACAGCUGUGGAAUUUCUUCUAUAACAACAGUGUGUAUCGCAGUGUGACUCAGUAUGACUUCCAGUCUGUGUGUAAAGUCCUGCAGAAAGAGACAAGUGCAGGGCAUCGGUCAUUUUUUGUGCCCACAUUAAACGUGCUGUAUGAGGUGUUAUCUGUGAAUUGGUGGACCUCUAAGAUAUCGUGGGCUUAUAUGAACUUCAAUAUCUACCAGUGGCUUUUUGGAAGCAGUGAUGCUUAUGCUGACACUGACUCUGAUGGCGAUGAGGAAAAGGACUGCUCGAAAGCUACACAUCAGUAUUACUUUCAGCCAGGCAUGAGCAAUUUCACAGACAGUAUCUCCUGCUUAAAUUGCACAAGGGAAAUUCGCAUGGUUAUGAUUCAACCCAAGACCAACCUGAUGUUUGUUGUAACGGGAAAGCCCUGCGAAGGUUGUCCAGAAAUGAAUAAAGUUGUCUUGCAUGGCCCACAGGCCAUCGACGAUGAGGAAGAAAAGUCUAUAAUCUGCAACCUCUCCAUGCAUCCUCGCAAGCGAGUACUGUCAUAUGGCUGCUAUGAUCAUGAUCCUAAUGAAGAUGACACAAAAUGUGGAGCUGGAGCCAUUCCUCGCAGUGGACUGCUGAUUCUCGCAACAUCUUUUGCCACAGCAGUAGCAGUGUGGUUACUGAGUCAGGACCUCAGAUGAUAAACUUUGGUUUAUCUUGGACUGGCACCACCACCUCCGGCACCUUAGUCCCAUGAAUGCUCUCUCACAAGGGGUAGGACUUUGGUAUAAACCCAACCCUUAUACAUAUCCACAGCCCACCAUUCACCGCUAUUCACAGCCUGUCGACACAAGGGCAGAGAGGGAUGACUCUACUCUGGCUUGCCUGGCCAGACAUUUCAGAUGUUUCCACUGAUGCAAUUUUGCGCCUAGUGUAGGUUAAAAAAAAAACUUCAUGCUGGUUGAUUCUCAUGUUUAAAUUGUGUGGUAGACAUCAUGAAAAAAAGUGUACGGCAUACUUUAGCCAGUUCUGUGAUGUUAUUGUGGUGUAUUUUUCUGAUGUCUUUGGAGUCUUUGAAUUUUUGGGUUAGAUCCUGAGAAAUUUAUUUUAUUGCAUCACUUUUGUUAUUGGCUUCCAGUGUGAAACAGAGCAUAAAAUUCUAAAAUACAAUUGAUGCAGUAAUCCCUCACAUGCUGUAGAAAAGUGAUAUUUCUACAACAGUAGUUUCUUUUCUGUCCUGCACUUACCAGAAUUGAAUCGCUUUCUCUCUCUAAAUAGACCCUUCCCUCUGGAAGUAAGAAUUUUCAUCAGUUUCAAAUCUAAAAAGAAAGUAUAUAAGGUACAACCAUAGUUUUUCUUUUCUACAUAAAUAGUAGUAGAAUUGAAAAUGUAUUACCUGAAUAUGUUUCAAAAGUGUUUUUGCCAAUGUUAGACAUGGAGUAAGUUAAGCAAAGUGCAUUAAGAAAAAAAAUCUGUCAUGAUGUAGGCUACUGCAACUUUGUUUUAUCAACACAAAUCUUGAUAGAAAUCAAAUGGAGUAUGAUUCUUAUCAUCAGAUUCCUGUGCAACUAGUACAUAUAUCAACAUCAGAGAGCAUCUUGAAGUAAAAUUUGAAUGCUUUCUGUGCUGAGAAUCGACAAGACACAUCUGAUCUCGUACCAUUUUCCAAAGACAGUGACUAAGUCUGGAAAAUUUUAAAUUACCACCAGGAAACAAAUGACAAAACUAUGCCAAGGAUGUUAACUGCAGAAAAAUAUUCAUUAAGAAAUAUCUGCAGUUACAUUCCUUAUCCUGACUAUAGAAAUAGAAUAAGCAAAUUAUUUACUAUCCUUUGUCACACAGCUGAACAAUAUACAAAGCAACUCCUAUGAGUUUAAAAGAGUCUUUUUGAUUUAAAAAUAUUUUUCAUGCUUAGCUGGUUUUUUUUUUAAAACCCUUUUAACUGCACACUUUCAACUGCUGAAUGGCAUCAGAUCAGAAUUGGUGUUGUCUGCAAAGGAUGCCGGAUAUUUUCCUUAGUGUUGUUACGGUGUAUCUAUAUAUAAAUAUAUCAGAGCUGUAUGGCAGUGUGCUUUUAAUGGCGUUCCACUCACCUCAUUCUACUACCAGGUGCCCUUCCCACCCAUUGAUCUGAAAGGUGGGGUGAGAAAUAAGCUAUUGGCAGAUGUCUUUGAGAUAUUUGCUACUGUUAAAUCUGGUAUUUUGUCAUUUGCAUUCUCAGUUUCAUGUGCAUCAUGUCAUUAUGUUUUCUUUGUACUAGGACUUGAUGUAUUAUGCUGUUUCCUGUGAUACACUUCUAAAAUUGUUGCACCUCUGAUUAUAUUUGUGGUGUGGAUUAAAAGAAAGUAAUAAUUUAAUGAGCUCCCAAAACACAUGUAGGGAGAAAUGGUGGUGGUGUUUACUUUGUUAGAGCCUUUACCAGCUGCCUCUUCUCCACUCCUUAUGUACUUCAAGGAAUAGACAUCCACUUGUCUCUUCAAUUUGCUAUAAAGGGUUCCUGGGCUACUCAAAGUUCAUGGCACAGUGCAGCAUAGUAGUUUUGUUAAAGAAUCUGUAGAAAGUUUUGUGAUGGCAAGAAGAUAGUCCUUCAGAAAAAAAAAUUCAGAUGCCAAAUCAAAAAUGUAUUUUUUAAAAUGUUCAGUGUAGAACAAAACAGCUUCAUGUUGUCACUUUGUUAACAAUAGUAAGAAUUGUUAGCAUGGAAUCGGAUCAUGCCUCUGGGAAAACAUGGUUUUUCUUUGAAUGUGGCUCCUGUUUAGAGGUCGGAACUAGCUGAGCCCCAGGUAGCCUGUAGUUUCUGACUUGGCAUUUAACAGUAUUAUUUGUCUGAAAUAAUGUUGAUGCCUGUGAUGUCUCAUACAAAUGUCACAUGAAAUGGUAUGCUAGCUGUGAUCUUAUUUAUCACUCAGAUGUGCAGGAAAUAUUAAGCAAUGAAAAUACAAAAAAGUUCGUGGAAAAUUGUGAACUGCAUCAUUAUUGGUUGCCCAAAGCUUAACAGUAUGUAUGCCUAGUUUGACCUGCAGGCCACAUGAUGCUGCUGUUUCCUGUGGUUUCUGUGUCCAGAAUAUAUGACAGAUUUUAUAAUCAUUUGUAAAUAUAUUCAUUGAGUCUCAGAUAGGAACAGAUGAACAUUUAGAGUAGACCUAAUUUUUAUGAAAAGUCUGUAAGGCUGCAUAAACUUAGUCAUUUAGGAAAAACUGUGAUGAAGAAACUGUGAAAAAGAUUAACUUACAAACAUCAUAGCUAGAUAUUGGGACAGGGACACAAGACUAGUGCAUUGAGUACUGACAUUUCUUUGAUAACCUAUUCCAGCAUAUUUGCAUCGUACCUCUCUUUUCUUUCCUUCAUAACAUUGUUUCAAAAGGAUUUCUGUAACUAGACUAUACUGUGAUGAGAAAUGCAAAAUAUAUAUUUAAUUUUACAGCCUUCUCUUGGGCUUUUUUGUCAUGACACUGAUGCACCUGUGAUGGACAUUCGUACACUUGUGAUGGAUCACAGGUGUGCAUUCAAGCCAUUUCUUUGAAUGUUCAGUAGAAAAUAAAGGUGUUCAGUGAAUACCUGUCCAUACAUUGUAUAAUAACUUUGAAUGUUGCAGACUGUAUGUAUAUGUAUGCAUGCCCCUAUUUAUAGUUGUGUGUGUGUGUGCAUGCAUAUGUGUGUGUACUUAUCACAAGCAUGUGUGGAUGCUUGUACUGUUAAAGUCUGUUACAAUCAGCUUUUUUGUUAGUGAAUACAAGAAAAAAACUGUACAUAAAAUACAUUUUGCUUUGAGAGAAAACUGUCAGAAAUGUUAGCUUUGUCUUGCUGGACAGAAAAUUAAUCCAAAAAAUGUUUUUAUCAACAGCUGUUGCACACUUGUCCAUCCUGGGUGGUGUUUAGCGUGUGAUGUGUGUGGAAAGUGAUAGGUGUUUGUGGAGGUUCUCCAGAAUUGUUGUAUGUGAUGCUAUACAAACGAGAAAUUCAUGUUGCGUUUUGGUGCCAAAUGUAAGAAGGGAAGAAAAUUUGCAUUCUGAGUUUAAUGACAUCACCACUUCUGUCUGAUUUAUUUGUUGCUUGUGCAUUGUGAAGACUCCUCCACUGAUAAUGUGUUUGUUUAAGUAAUAAUAAUAGUGUGAACUUAUAACUCGCAGCAUCAAGACCAAGAUAGCUCUCUGUGCAGGCCAUUAAUGAUAAAUGAAAGAUAGCAGCCAGUGGACAGUGAGGUACAUAUAGAGGCACAGAACAACAUAAAGAUGAGAUACACCAGUAGAAUGUUAAGGAUAGAUGAAGGUAUGAAAGGAUAUAAACAGUAUAAGAUGACAUUUAACUUGACAUUAUUGCCAGGGAGUUAAAAUCUCAGCAAACCUUAAGCAAAUUAUUGAGAACAUUUUUUCAUCAUUUCUCAAGAUUUUAGUUUAACAAAUAAUGUAAUGGAGAGAAUAUAGUUUGUGGUUAUCCAGGCUGUAUCAAGGUACAGGUUGGCUUGAUUUCAUUUUGUUGGUGGUGGUUCCUGCUCAUUUCAAGCGACAUCAUGAAUUGUCAACGGCUUUUCACUUCUUCCCUGUUAAGUGUGUAUGAUUUUUGGCUGAAUUGUGCAUGAGCUGUUAAUGCACUAGCUGUUUAGUAAUGUCAACAACACAGUCUCAUCAAUAUUUGAAAGGAUAAAAGAAGUUUCAGAUAGUAAAGGAGCACUUUCCUGUCCUGUAUACUCAUUUCAUAGAGCAAGUUUUAAAAAUUAUUUCACAAAAAACUUGGGUCUCAUCACAAGUUAUUCUCUUAUUUAAAGUACAUGUACUCUGUAUUAUGUACAAUUUGUUGACUUACAAUCUCGCCCACAUCAUGUAGAUUUAGUGUUGUGCUUCUUUUCCCUUUGUGCCUUCUAGAUUGUUUCCUCUACUGACCAAAGAUGUCAGCCUUUUGUGACUGUGUUCAUUUUAUGUAUUGCAAAAUAUGAGAUUUUUUUUUUCAAUUUGCAUUUGUAACACUUUAUGGUCUUGAUGGACAAGGUUUUUUGAUGUCAUUUAUUAGAGCACAUUCUCUGGUGUAAUAUAUUGUAAGGUAAAACACUGAUGAACUUAGUUAAGUCAACUAUCAUUCAUCAACAUGAAUGCUAGAUGUCAAAAAUGUGACCUCAAAUGUUGAAUAUCAGUAACUUGACCCUAGAAAGUGAAGAGAAGGUAAAAAUUAGUGCUUUGUGUAUAAACAAGCUGGUCACUUACAAUCAUCAAGGAGAUAUUUUGAUAUGGGUGCCAAGGCAAGAUUGCUUGAUCUUAGUGGUAGUUCGUAUAGAAUAGAUAUGCAAACAUGUAGACUAUGGGUUUUUCAAAAAUUGUCUUUUAUGGGGAGGAGCGAGGUCAUCAGGCCUUUUCUGUUUCAAAGCAUUUGCUUCAUUAAAACUUCGAUCUGAUAGUGAGUGUAAGACCUGAAGUGUACAGAUCUGGGAUAGGGAGUGGCUGGCAUAUUAGCAAAUACUGCAGCUAAUUUAGAAGAGAAAGUUGUCCUUUGACAUUUGCUAUGGUCUUCAUUUUUGUUUGUGAAAUAUGCUACGGCAAUUUUCAUUGACUUGUGUAUUAUUGGUGUGGUUCUCAUGACCUGCUUCUUACAUGGCUUUGGUCCCUCAUUCCAUCUUUUUUCCUGGGUUUUUACAUUGCACCUUGUUGCUCACAUUUAAGUUAUUUAUGUUUAUGACAUAUUCAGUAACAACAAAAAUCAGAGCAGAUAUUCACUCCAUAUUGUUCCUGCCUACUCAGCCAUUUUAUUAAAAAUAAUUUUAGUGCUUGUUAACUUUAGUUAUGGAGCUUUAUACCCAUAUAUGAUAAGCUUUUGCAAAGGAAACACAGUUCAGACCCAUCCGGAGUUUUUGAAAGACAGACCCAUCAAGCACUGAUAUAAAGGUUUUGAGAUCGGUGAUGAAAUCUUUUCUUGGAGGAAGAAAGUACUUCCCUAGCACCUUCCCUUCCCCAUUUUCAGGACCCUCUGGUGGCGCAAUGGUUAGCGCCUGUCAUCAAUACAGUGAAGGUUGGCUGUCCUGAGUUCAGCUCUCAUCUGGGACAGUGAUAUGUAGCCUUAAUUGCUGGGUCCACAUAAAACAUUCAUUUCUCCCCACCCCCAAUGCCACCAGACACAUGGUCUACUAACAUCCACAUACUAACAGGUGUUGUCACAUUUUGGGGAACCUUGGAAUUUGAAGUCACAUGUGGCAGCAGGUGUUGACUGUAGAUUAUUGGCUGUUAUCCAUAACAAGCGAGUGACAAAACCUGCUUUUUGUUGUUGCUUUUUAAUAGUUUCCUCCUUCCUUGAGCUUAGCUGAUUGGACAUUUCUUUCAGAAGUAGUAAUAGUAUUAACUGAGUUUUUGGAGAUCUUGCUGACCUUUUUGUUUAAAGCUUAUUUCAUUUUACUUUACUGAGAACAAGUCAUCUUGAUAAACACUUGAAGUGCAAUGCCUCGGCUGAUGUGCAAUAAUUUCAACAAUUCUCCUUUUCCUCAAUUUGAUAUUGGUAUAGUAGGUGCCCUUUUUUUCUUUUACUUUCUUUGGACUUUUUCCCUGAUUUUUUUUAAUUCCAUGAUUCGUGUUUUAAUAAAGUACAGAAGUUGA